AUGACUAAUGUAAUUAAGGCAAUUCCAAAUGAAGAGAAAGACAAAUGCAUAAAUUUAAAUGAUAUAAGGCAAAAUGCGAAGAAGUAUAAUUGGCUGGAAAAAACAGAGAAAGAGAAUAAUUAUGUUUUUUCAAAGGAUCAUGUAAAAAUUAACAUUAUAGGUUUAAAAGGACUUGUAACUGUUGAAAUACAGUUAUUAAGUGGAGUUUAUUAUAAAAUGUGUAGAAGUAAUUUAAGGAAAGAUGAAAUUUGUGAUUUAUUCUCAUGUACAAAUUAUAACUAUAAUGAUGAUGUGUUAAAUAAAACAGUGUUAAGUAAUAAUUAUAAUUUAUCUGUACAAGAAAAAAUUGAUCUUUUUAAUAAAAAUGACAAGAAUUUUUUAAAAAAUGUAAAAUGUAAAGAUAUUUUUAUCAAUAAUGAAAAUGGUAAUAAUAAAUUACACAAAAUAAAUACAGAGAUAAAAACAAAAAUAAAAAAUAAUUUAACAAGUAAUAGGAAGAAAACAAUUGCAGACUUAAAAAAAGAAGGAACUUACAUAUUUGGUGAAGAGAAAUCUGGAAUACCAAGCAAAUUAAAUCAAUCCGAAUAUAUGCCAAGUGACAAAAUAAUAAUGAACUCAUUAAAGUUUUCCAACUCAAGCUUGGAUACUAUUCACACCAAUUAUAAAAGUAAUUACGAAAUGAAAGGAAUUAAAAAAGCAAUUCUUUUGAAAGAAGAUAAUCUUAGUAAGGAAAAAAAUAAUAUACUACAAGAAGAAAAAGUAAUCGAAAAAAGGUUGAAACAGUACAAUUCGUGUGACAGUAAUAUUAUUGAUAAAAAUGUAGAAGACUCCAGGGAGCAUUUACCAAAAGCAGAAAAAAAAUACAUGAACCUGAUGGGGAAAACAUUAUCCUUAUAUGAUAAAACAAAAAUGAAUUUAGGUAUAAUUCCAGCAGAAUUGCAUGUUUAUAGUAUGUGUAUUUUGGAUAAAAGUGGUGAACAGAAAGAGGAGGAGCAUAAGAAACAACAAGGAGAGAAAAAUAAGGGACAAGAAAUAGAGAAGGAUAAGGUACAAGAAGAAGAGAAGUAUAGGCAACAGCUUGUGGGAAAUUCCUCUGUACAAGGUGGCGAAGUAGUAGCACAUGCUUAUGAGGACGAUUUUACCUACCAAAAUAUGAAAAAUGAAGAAAAUAUUAAUUCAAAAAAUUUGCAAAAAUGCAAUAAACACAAAAAUGUAGUUUACAAAAAAAAAAACAUUAAGAUAAGAAAAGAUCAGUUUGAAACUUUUCUUAAUAAUUACUACGAUGCAAAAAAAUGUUCAUAUAUCUCAAACAACUUGAUUAUACAUUACAGUAAUAAAUUUAAUGCUUCUAGUAACUUCAAUAAUACUUAUAUAAAUUAUAGGUAUAUUGGUUAUAACACGAAAUAUCACGAUAUGCAUAAACGUUUAAUUACAAAUAAAGCGUAUGACCCAUCUGAAUUUUUCGAUAUUCUUACCCUUAAUAAGCGUAAUCUUAACAUUGAAAAGGUAUAUUGCAUGAGAGUAACCUCAGGUGAUUUAUUUGUUCAGAAAAAUUCAAGUGAAUAUGUUAACAUAAACUGUUACAGUAAUUAUGAUGAAAAUUAUAACCAUAACAGCAGUAUACGCAUUUCAUCUUAUCGUAAGAGAUGUGGCAUGAAUUUAUUUAGAAGCAGUAGUAUAAGAAAUAUCAAAGAUAUAAGUAAAGACAAUAAAAAUUUCAUAAAUGGAGAUAGUAUAAGAAACAAAAAUGACAACAAUAUAAUCAGUGUAGAUAAUAACGACAAUUACUCCAUUGAAUAUUUAGAUAAUUAUAGCAAUAGGAAUAAUAUGAAAAAAGUGUACAGUGAAUUGAGGAACAACAAUAAAAGUACUUAUCAAACAUAUAAUGUAAGUAACAUAGAUGCCUUUGUUGUACAUACAAGAAAUAGCACUAUAAAUAAGUAUAAUAUGAUGAACUAUAAGUAUGCGAAAAGAAACAUAGGUUGGAACAUAUAUGAUAUAAAUCGCCCAAUAUAUGAACCAAUUUUUGAUGGAAAUAAUAACGUAAAGGGUGAUAACUAUCGUUAUGCAAACAAAAAGAGUAGAAAAUAUAAUUAUUAUAACGCAUUUCGAAGAAAACAUUUUAAUAAGAAACAGGAUUUUAAUCCUAAUGAUUAUGGAUUCACAUUUGAAAAAAAGGAAAAAUAUAAAUAUAAGAAGAAUAAUUAUAAGUAUUACAAAUACUACUACCCCAUAAAAAAUUACAAUUUAAGCUAUUUAAAAUUUUCGAAUAUCAAUCGUAAUAAUUCUUUCGGCACAACCUUAAAUAACAACCCAUGUGGAGGCCAGUCUGACAAAUGUGGUAGGAAUAAUGCAAGUUUUUACGCAUUACAUGAGAAAAAAAAUAAUGAAAAGAAUAGUUACAGUAAUAUUAAAAAUAAGUGCACUAAUAAUAGCAGUGACAAUAAAAAUGAGAGGGGAAAUAAAAAAGGUAGUAAUAAUAGUAAGAGUAAUUGUAAUAAUGUCAAUUCAGCACUUUGGAAUAAAAGUAAUGUACCUGGUGAAAACAGUUUGGGUUUUUUUCCCGAAGACCUCAGGUUUAGUAAAACACAGCGAGGUUAUAAAACAAACUAUGGUAAUAAAUUAUAUAUUAACAAAAAAAAAGGUGAUAAAUGGGGAAUAACCGAAUUUGGUGCAAAAUUUGGUGCAAAUAUAAGAACAAAAGUAAUAAAUAAUCUUGAAGCAGAAAUAUAUAACAAAUUAUCAUAUUUAAAAUAUUUUAAACAUGAUCCAACUAAUUCAAUACCGAGAUAUCACUGUAAACUAAAGCAUUUAUUAGGUGCAAGGAAUAAGAAAAAAUUACAUACAUGGUUAAAAAAUAUGUUAACUACAAACACAUGUGCAUACUGUUAUGAAGAAUUUGAUAAUUUAGAGAACUUGGAAAAUCAUUUUAUGCAAAUAAAAACACAUAUGAUUUUUUAUUGUUGCGAGAAGCCAUUUCCUUCGUUGAAAUAUCUGCGUAUGCACCUUAAAAGGGAAAAACACAAUGGGUAUAUUUAUUAUUAUUAG